AUGGACAACAGUGAGAAAAAUACCGAGCCAGUGAUUAAUAAUAAUGUGGACGUUUUUGGUGAUUGUGAUUCGAAUCGGUUGGAGAAAAAUACUCACACGCCUUCAAGUGAAUCAUCGGAUUCGAAUUCAAGUUCGAGCGAGGAAGAUGAACCGCCGCCAAAGCGACGACGUCAUAGUCGGUCUUCCGAUUCAUGUCAAGAAAUCGAUCGCAGGUUUGAUCAGUUAUCGCAGCAGUUGCUAAGUACAUCACAAAAAGACGUGGAUGUUUUCUUGUCCCCAAGAAAAAAACGUCCACGAAAAGCUUUCACUGUUACUGAAAAAGUAAUGAUCCGCAACGCCUACAAGUAUAAUAACAUAAUAAAACCUUCAAAU